AUGUUGAAUAAUGAUCUACGAAAUAUUCACCAUCACGGCGGUGCCGGUACUAUCGCAGGCGGCAAUAUCUCAGCAUCUUCUCGACUCGGACCGCUGCCCACUUCAUCGGUGGAUUUUCAGAGUUGGCAGACAGCUGCGAGUGCUGGUGCCAAUCCGGCCGCAGCGUCUCCAUUCUACAAUCUGCAGAGGUUACCAAGCUACUAUCCGGCCCUGCCACAGUUCAAUCCGGCCUAUCUACAGUUUUGGCAGCAAAACACUGCCUGGCAACAACCCGCUGCUGCAGUGGCUACAGCACAGCAGUUACAGCAACAACAACAACAACAGAUCAAUCAGAAACAACAACAAUCCUUAAUGUCCGAACCUUUGAUGGAUUCAUCGUCAUGGAUGAGCGCCACGGUUUCGUCGGAUCUUGGAAUGCAGUCGUCGGGUGCGCAGGCGAGUGCUGCCCACUUCCGCGCACCCACCAUCCAGCAAUCAGUCCCGGUUCCACCAUCCCAACAAUCGCUAGCCUCAGCAUCGGCCGUACAGAACCAGCAGCAGCAGCAGCAGCAACAGUCGGUUGCGCAACGUUUCGCUACAAAUUUUGCCACCGGUAUGAUGCCCACU